AUGUCUGGGACAUUCUCAUCAAAUGUGAAUUUUACUGUCGGACAAUUUCUCCGACGAGCUGGUAAACUUUCAGUAUUACAAGAUAUUGAAAGACAAAAUGAACAUAAUCUAUCGGAAUGUUCUUUACAAUUUCCUAAACAUCAUAAGCGACGUCACAGAAAAGACAUGUCAAUAAAUAAUCGUUUAGAUGUUUCUAACAACAUGUUAACACAAAAUACGAUUGAAAAAAACAUCCAUCGUGCUUUUGAUGAUGCUUAUAAGAUGUUAUCUCUACUUGGUAUUGAUGUAAUUUUAGUAAGAGAACAUCGAAACGCUCUAAAUGAACUGAGCGCAUAUGUACGAGUUCAGAUUGAAAAUACUUCUCAUACUACUGAUUUUAGUGAAAAUUGGAAAGGUUAUUCUGAUGAUGAAUCAGAUUCAGAAGAAGAUAAUGUUCAUGAUCAAUAUGAUGUAACUUCAGAAAGUUCUUCUGAGAAUGAAGCUGAUGAACUAACAAAUAACUCUGGUCACAAAAGAUGGCAAUUUAAAGGAUUACGAAUCUUCAAUGAAAUUCCUGCUUCUCAAUCGAAUUCAUACUUUCGUAUUAAUGUAGACGGAAAUGAAAAAUAUAUGCAUAAGCAAACUGCCAGUUGGCUUCUUACCGAUAAUAAACCUACACUAUCGGCAGAUCGACUUCAACGUGUACGAAAGAGAAGUCGAUAA